AUGCAUGGCUGGUCUGGGUCUCGCCCAGGCGCGGCUCCAGCUGACCCGACAGCCGCGCGAAACAUACCACCGCGCUACGAGGUCCCAAUCAAGGACUUUAUCAAGAGCCGCCGGGCGCAAGGACUUUGGGACUACCACGCACUAUCGCCAGCGAAGCUGAUCGAGGCCCUAGCAUUUGAGCUGGGCGACGAGACGUGCUGGACGGUGCUCAACAGCUUCAGCGAGAUUGCGCACCCGCUGUUCACGACAACCUUCAACACACCCGACUAUAUUGAGACCGAGGUUCAACUUCCGGAGCUGGGGGCCUCAUAUUCCAGGAGGCGGCGGAUAUGGUCUUUAAUAGCACAGGAGCGGAUGUCUGACGGGAGAGUCGCCUAA